AAAGCUGCAGCACCCAACAACAUCCAUUUUGAAUCUUGCUGCUGUUUCCUUCUUCUCCUCCGUUUCCCAAAAUGCCCUUUUUCAGUAUAACUAAAGAAAUGGCCAUUGGAACCGCAGUCCUGGGGGUUGCUUUUGCUACUGGAGUCUUAGCAGGUAAAAAAUAUCCAUUUUUAGCUUUUGGAAUUCCCCGAUCAUCCAAGACUCUACUUGGAAAAGGGGGCCCACUAUGGCAAUACAUAUUGGAUCACUCUCUGCGGGAGCAUCCAGUCCUAAAGAAGCUGCGACUGCUCACCUUGGACCAUCCCUGGAGUAGAAUGAUGGUGUCUUGUGACCAGGCUCAGCUUAUGGCAAACUUGGCCAAACUCAUCAAAGCCAAGAAAGCUAUUGAAAUAGGUGUUUUUACUGGCUAUAAUACCUUAAACAUGGCACUAGUCUUGCCAGACGAUGGCAAAGUCGUUGCCUGCGAUAUAAAUGAAGAUUACGUCAGUAUUGGAAAGCCGCUAUGGAAAGAGGCAGGAGUGGAGCAUAAAAUAGACUUGCGGAUUAAACCAGCAAUACAAACACUUGAUGAACUACUGGCAGACGGUGAAGCUGGGACCUAUGACUUUGCUUUCAUAGAUGCAGAUAAACAGAGUUACAAUGAGUACUAUGAAAAAUGUUUACGUCUCGUAAGGAAAGGGGGAAUCAUAGCUAUUGAUAAUGUUUUAUGGCACGGGAAAGUAUUGAAGCCAAGCAAAAACGAUAUGGAAACCCAAAGCCUCCAUCACCUCAAUGAGAAGAUCUUCCGAGAUGUACGAGUCAAUAUCAGCAUGCUCCCAAUGGGGGAUGGAGUGACACUAGCAUUCAAGCUAUAGUGUGAGAAAAAUGCUGAGCAAUGGAAGGGAGACAGAGAAGCACCAAAUCAUCAGGCAAAACUAAGUGGAACAUGAGUAGCAUCUGUAAUGUGAACCUGUGUCUCAGCAGAAUAGCAUAAAGCUGGAAAAACAGUCCUUGAAAUGACCAGAAAAACUACAGGUAUCUAAAUAUAAUGGUAGAA